GGGGUAGCUGUGGUUCAGAUCACACUCAGUCUCACUCUCAAGUAAAGUAAUACAGAGAAUCUCAGCGGUGUUGCUGCUGCACGCUCUCGGGGGAGAUAAGGUGAGAUUGGCUUCUUGUAAAGUGGAGCUCAGUUUGGUGUGAUCGGAAACUCUUUCUCUGUAUGAUCACAGGAAGCUGUAUAGGAACCUGCUGAUUCACUAGGUUGAAAUCAGCAUGCAGGGAGCCUUCAAACUGCUCAGCCUUGUAACAGCACAGCAGAGUGAUACAGCACAGCAACGUGUGAUACAGCACAGCAACGUGAUACAGCAGUGUUAGAGCACAGCAAAGUGUGAUACAGCACAGCAGAGUGAUACAGCACAGCAACGUGUGAUACAGCGUGGGAAAGCAUUGUAAAGCACAGAGAGGUCUGGUAAAGCAUAGGGAAGCAUUGUAAAGCACAGAGAGGUCUGGUAAAGCAUAGGGAAGCAUUGUAAAGCACAGAGAGGUCUGGUAAAGCAUAGGGAAGCAUUGUAAAGCACAGAGAGGUCUGGUAAAGCACAGAGAGGUCUGGUAAAGCAUAGGGAAGCAUUGUAAAGCACAGAGAGGUCUGGUAAAGCAUAGGGAAGCAUUGUAAAGCACAGAGAGGUCUAGUAAAGCAUAGGGAAGCAUUGUAAAGCACAGAGAGGUCUGGUAAAGCAUAGGGAAGCAUUGUAAAGCACAGAGAGGUCUGGUAAAGCAUAGGGAAGCAUUGUAAAGCACAGAGAGGUCUGGUAAAGCAUAGGGAAGCAUUGUAAAGCACAGAGAGGUCUGGUAAAGCACAGAGAGGUCUGGUAAAGCAUAGGGAAGCAUUGUAAAGCACAGAGAGGUCUGGUAAAGCAUAGGGAAGCAUUGUAAAGCACAGAGAGGUCUGGUAAAGCAUAGGGAAGCAUUGUAAAGCACAGAGAGGUCUGGUAAAGCAUUGGGAAGCAUUGUAAAUCACAGAGAGGUCUGGUAAAGCAUAGGGAAGUAUUGUAAAGCACAGAGAGGUCUGGUAAAGCAUAGGGAAGGAUUGUAAAGCACAGAGAGGUCUGGUAAAGCAUAGGGAAGCAUUGUAAAGCACAGAGAGGUCUGGUAAAGCAUUGGGAAGCAUUGUAAAUCACAGAGAGGUCUGGUAAAGCAUAGGGAAGCAUUGUAAAGCACAGAGAGGUCUGGUAAAGCACAGGCAGGUCCGGUCUGGUCUGGUCUGGUGCAGGUGGCCAUGUGUUUUCCUGGCCCGUGGUUUGGAAAGUAGGUCAGUGCCUUAUCUGGUGUGUUGCAGGCAGUGGGUCGAGAGGCUGGCUGGCAGGGUGCAGCAGAGGCGGUUUCCAGGAAGCGUUUCCUCCGAGUCAGAGCGCAAGGGGGCGGGGCUCCCUGCACCGCACACAAGCAACCCCAGAUCACGAGCGCUUCAGAGCAAAGUCAAACUCGCCUGCUGCUGCUGCUGCUGCUGCGCACACACAGCGCUGCCUUCAAAGGGAGUUAUCUAUCAACGCGUCUGCUGCUGCUGCGCACACACAGCGCUGCCUUCAAAGGGAGUUAUCUAUCAACGCGUCUGCUGCUGCUGCGCACACACAGCGCUGCCUUCAAAGGGAGUUAUCUAUCAACGCGUCUGCUGCUGCUGCGCACACACAGCGCUGCCUUCAAAGGGAGUUAUCUAUCAACGCGUCUGCUGCUGCUGCUGCGCACACACAGCGCUGCCUUCAAAGGGAGUUAUCUAUCAACGCGUCUGCUGCUGCUGCGCACACACAGCGCUGCCUUCAAAGGGAGUUAUCUAUCAACGCGUCUGCUGCUGCUGCUGCGCACACACAGCGCUGCCUUCAAAGGGAGUUAUCUAUCAACGCGUCUGCUGCUGCUGCGCACACACAGCGCUGCCUUCAAAGGGAGUUAUCUAUCAACGCGUCUGCUGCUGCUGCGCACACACAGCGCUGCCUUCAAAGGGAGUUAUCUAUCAACGCGUCUGCUGCUGCUGCGCACACACAGCGCUGCCUUCAAAGGGAGUUAUCUAUCAACGCGUCUGCGUGUGUCGGGGGGGGGGUUACAGCUCUGGCUAGUUGUGUUUUUAACUCCCCUUUUUUUAAAAGCUUUCGGAAGUUAUUCUUGUGUGUUACUGACACGCGCGUCCCUGCACCUGAAAACACAGCGAUAAUGAAAACCUGGAGCGUGUUAUUACUGCUGGGGCUGCUGGGGACCCUGGGCUCGGCGUGGGGUACGGACACUGAACCCCGCAGCGCAGCACGACCCCUGCAGGCUAACGCGAGCACUGCACCCUGGGUCCAUCGCAGGGGGAGGAGGGCUGGAGAGUGUGCAGACGGGAGACACAUGGAUGAGGGCUCCGGGCUGUGCUGCCUCAGCUGCCCUGCUGGUUUCUACAGACAUGCUCCAUGCACAGACCGUGAUAAGUGGCAUCACUGCCGGCAGUGCCAGCCGGGCACCUUCCUGGAGCACAGCAACUACAUGCGGAGCUGCGAGAAGUGUGACUCCUGUGAUGAGAGCUUGUUGCAGGUGGUGGUGAGGACUUGCACCCCCUCCAGAAGGACGCAGUGUGGCUGUCCAGGAGGACACUACAAGUCAAGAGACAGCCUCUGCAGACCCUGCACACCGUGCCAGCACAGACCUGUCAACAGCAACUGUUCAGGUGUUGAUGACACGGUGUGUGGAGACUGUCUCUCGGGGUUCUAUGAAGAUGAACAGAAGGUUUGUCAGCCGUAUGAGAGACAGCCUGGGGGCUCACCACUAGGAGCCAUCAAAGGCGGGGUCUCUCCUCUCAUGUACAUGGUUGCCUGCCUCGCUCUGGUGCUGUCUCUGCUGGCCGCCGCGGGCAUCCGUUCCUUCAGACACAGGAGGAGGGAGCAGAGCGUCCUGCACACUGGUGAGAGCACAGAGACUGACACUGGAGAUUCAGCCGACCCCAAGCCAGCCUGCCCCUCCUCCGGCUGCGAGGGUCUGGUGGUUAUCAGCGACGGACCCGCUGAGAGUGAGGCCUGUGUGAAUGCCGUUCCCCCCUGUGCUGGCAGCCAGAGCGACCACAGAACCCCCCCCUGCACCCUGCACCCCCCUCCCACUGCAGCGCCCCCUCUCUGGUGUGGCAGCAUGCUGUACUGCAUCAUUGACGUGGUUCCCGCGCGUCGCUGGAAGGAGUUUGUGCGCACGCUGCCGCUGCCAGACGAGGAGAUGGAGCGGGCGGAGCUGGAGGCGGGGCCAGUCCUCCGUGAGCAGCAGUACAUGAUGCUGAAGCGCUGGACACAGAGACAGGGAGCAGGACUUCACUGUGUCUAUAACACACUGCACAGCAUGGACCUGCCUGACUGCACAGAGACCCUGAGAGAGAGACUGGGGGAGAGAGACACAGAGUCAGGGAGCAGGACUUCACUGUGUCUAUAACACACUGCACAGCAUGGACCUGCCUGACUGCACAGAGACCCUGAGAGAGAGACUGGGGGAGAGAGACACAGAGUCAGGGAGCAGGACUUCACUGUGUCUAUAACACACUGCACAGCAUGGACCUGCCUGACUGCACAGAGACCCUGAGAGAGAGACUGGGGGAGAGAGAGACACAGAGUCAGGGAGCAGGACUUCACUGUGUCUAUAACACACUGCACAGCAUGGACCUGCCUGACUGCACAGAGACCCUGAGAGAGAGACUGGGGGAGAGAGAGACACAGAGUCAGGGAGCAGGACUUCACUGUGUCUAUAACACACUGCACAGCAUGGACCUGCCUGACUGCACAGAGACCCUGAGAGAGAGACUGGGGGAGAGAGACACAGAGUCAGGGAGCAGGACUUCACUGUGUCUAUAACACACUGCACAGCAUGGACCUGCUUGACUGCACAGAGACCCUGAGAGAGAGACUGGGGGAGAGAGACACAGAGUCAGAGCAUCAAGUCUGUUUUUAAAGGAUGAUUUUGUGUGUGUUUCUCACAGGUGGAUGCUGGUUUUCUCUGCUGUAUAUUCAGAGCUCAGCUCUAAAGCUGUCAGUCACAAUCAUUCUGAAGAUGCCUGUGUAAUAUGCUGGAUGACAUGUUACUGUAUCUUGUAUUUUAUAAAAAUAUGAUUGAA